GGGCGUGGCCUCUCUGGGCCAAGUCCCGCCCCCGCCCCUAUAAAUACGGCUUCCCGGGCUCUUUGUGGGGCUAGGAGCUCGGUGGAGAGCGGGGAGCUCCAGCUGUUUUGCCGACGCCGCUGGCCGUGGGGUUGUCCCGAGAAGGCGGGCGGUGAGCCCCAGUGCGCUCCCGUGUCAUCCUCGCUCGGGACGCAGGAACCGUUUUUAAAUCACAAGGGCGUGGGUCAGCCUCCCCUAGGACUUCAUGUCUGUAUAUUUCCCCAUUCACUGCCCCGAUUAUCUGAGAUCAGCGGAGAUGACUGAGGUGAUGAUGAGCACCCCAUCCAUGGAGGAGAUUGGCCUCAGCCCCCGGAAAGAUGGCCUGUCCUAUCAGAUCUUCCCCGACCCAUCAGACUUCGAGCGUUGCUGCAAACUGAAGGACCGCCUGCCCUCCAUCGUGGUGGAGCCCACAGAGGGCGAGGUGGAGAGUGGGGAGCUCCGAUGGCCCCCCGAGGAGUUCUUGGUCCAGGAGGAGGAGCAAGACAACUGCGAAGAGACGGCGAAAGAAAACAAGGAGCAGUAGAGUCCCCGCGGACACAGCCCCGUGGGGUCACACCAGCCAGCAUCCGUUCCUGAACUGUGUUUUUCCCAUCAUGAUGGAAGAAGAGAGCGAGCCACAGUAGUUCUGAAAAUGUCAAAUGAGGCUUCCGUUUUGCACCUGCAAAUCACCGAGUUGGUUUUCUUUUCUUUGCUUGUCUUUUCUUGAAAUCUGCCGAGCAGUGGAGCCCUCUGAGGACUUGCAAGGCCUUCUGAGAAAGGGAGCUGCUUAGAGGCGGGGGUGGGGGCGGGGAGAGGGGGCAGUUUUUGAGAUCAUUAUCUGAACUCCAUGGCCAGAGACAGUGGUGGGAUUCUAGUGGGCUCCAGGGCUGGGCCAUGGGAGAGUUGCAAAGUGAGCAAGGAACAUUUGAAGUAAGAAAACACGAGGCAAAAGAGAAAAUACAUGUUUUUAAGAAAGCAUUGAGCAGAGAGCUGUAGCCAGGAAGUGCUCAGCUGCAGGGGCAUCAGAAAACAAAGUUUUCAUCUCACUCCAGUUUCCCCCACCCCACCCUUUGCUCUUAUUUCAGAUGUUUUGGUCUGUGAUGGGGAGGAGAGUGGUAUCAGGAAAGGCAAGGCCACCUGCCCCUCUCCAGCGCCUCCUCCCUCAGCCUGGCAGGCUCACAGAGCCCAGGUGGUCAGGUUUAUAAGACAGUGCUUUUGAGCUUUCUUCCCUGACUUGCCUUUUGUCUCCAGCACUUUGGGAAGUAGCAGAGCGCUUCCUGCCCUUGCUGGAAGCCCCAAGGCAGACUGCUGGGCACGGAGGUCUCUCCCUCUGUUGCUGCCCACCCAGGACUUGCUCUCAGAGUGGGAGCAGAGGCUAGGAAUGGCUGGGCUCACCUCCCUUCUCAGCGCCACCCCCUUCCCGGCUGCAGGCAAGUAGAUGGGUCCCCCUAUGCAUCCUAUUGCCACCAGUCUGGCCGGCUGCAGUGCCCGCUCCUGAGACAGCUUUUGGCCUGUUUUUCCUGUGAAAGAUGUGUAGAGAGCCCAGGCAGCUUUUUCUGUUUCUAAUAAGGGAAGGGGGGCUUUCAUGCAAGCCCUGAGAGCUGCCUGUCCUGGGCGUUUCUGCACGGGGGUGUUGAAGCUUGUGUAGCAGCCCUGGAAUCUAGUCUGAGACAGAUUGAAGGGUGUCACGAACCCUCCGGCUUCCCUCACCGAACGGUGGUCCUCCCUUCUCCCCAACCCCCAACACCUGUUUCCUACAAGAUGACCAGCUGGAUGUGAUGAUGGCCUUUGGACUGAGAGCUGCUUAUUGUAGUUAAGAAUCGUCUGGAGUAGCAGGUUACAGGAAAACACUUCAACCCAUCUCAGAGCAUGACUGCAUGGCCAGGAGGUGGAUGUAGACCCUUGAGCCAACCAAGGUACCCACCGCACCCCUCAGGUCCCCAGUCAAUUGAGUUGACCCCAGUUUUGGACUUGUGUGUAUAGCUGUAUCUAAUACCUCAAGGGCAGUGUGGCUCUGGGGAAUGUUGGGGCAGGGGGGUGGGGGACAAGGGACACUGUUGACCCAGCAGUUGGCAGGAUUCAGUCUGGGAAGCUGAUGGUUGCCCUCACCCCUGCUUCCUCCCUCUGUUGUCCGCCUGUGUGACACACACCAACGAUGGCAAUAACUUCUUCCGGCUCCUCGCAGAAGUGGGAGAGGCCUGCCGCCUGUGCCGUGAGGAGGUUUCUCUCGGCUCCCCGCUUCGUUCGGUUUUGGCUGCAGAGAGUGGUUCGUCCCUACUCUCAUUCCCUUGCCUCCCUUUGUGGACAGGGGGCUUGCCUUUUAAAACCCCGUGUUUUGGUGUCUCCCUCUCAUCUGCUCCCCUGGAUCAUCUGUCCCAGUCUUGCUGUGUGAUGGGAACGUGCUUGUAAACCGUGUAACAAAUCUACUUUGUGUAUAUGUACGUUUAUGGAGUGGUUUGUUUUUGCCGGUCACUAGACCACUUUGUAUGACCGUGUGCAGUCGGAGCAGGCCAGGGGCUUACGCUCACAUUAGGACCCCCCUGCAGCUGAGCCUGCCAGGGGGUACCCAGCUGCUCUGGGACAAGUGGCUGAGCUCCUAUCUGGCCUCCUCUUUUUUUUUUUUUUUUUUUAAAGUAACUUGUGUGUAUUUCUAACUGAUCGUAUUGGAAAAAUAAAUCCUAGUAUUUCAGUAUAAAUGCCUGUUGUGAAAUGAACCUCCUGUAACUUCUAUCUGUUCUUUUUUGAGGCUCAGGGAGAAACUAGCAUUUUUUUUUUUUCCAAACUACUUUUUGUCACUGUGACAGUUGUAAAUAAAGUUUGAAAAUGCUUUCCA